GUCAUUACCAGGGAGAGCAAUUCCAGCAUAACCCCAGAGAAAUACGAAGAAGCCAUCAUGGACAUAAAAUGGGCUUUCCAAAACGUGACGAACCUCAUGAUGACGGCUCAAGCAAUGACAAAGAGACAUGGCCCUGAGCAGCUGUCUACGCCAGAAUCCACUCCAGGAGCCAAUGAUCUUGAAAAGGCCAUCAGCGACAUGAAAAUCACAAAGGAGGCUCUGUCCCGGUUGAAAGAGGACAAUUACGAGUCAAUGAAGCUGCCACACAUGCAGACGGUGAAGGAAGGCUGGCGCAAGCGCUGGGCGAUGGCCCUGGUGUCCAAGAUCAACAGCGCGGUGCUGGACGAGAAGUCCUACCUGGGCAAAGUCCCCAUGUGGUGCCACAACGAGCUGGAGAUGCAGAAGGGCUUCAGGGCUUGCGGCAUGGUGAUGAUGUGGAUACUGGCGGCCUCCGCUUACACCACGUUCUCUCAGGCCUUCCUACUGGCCGCCAGGAAGCAGUCUGGCAGCCCCAUAGAGGCCAUGAUGAACAUGGGUCGGUGA